AUGGGCCGUAGCACCGAGGGCAGUGGGCUGAGUGGCACCGUUGUCAUCCCCACUGCAGUGCUCUACGGUUCCUUGGCCCUCUUCACCUCCAUCCUGCAUAAUGUCUUUCUGCUCUACUACGUGGACACUUUUGUGUCUGUUUACAAGAUCGACAAAGUCUCCUUUUGGGUUGGAGAGACGGUGUUCCUGCUGUGGAACAGUCUCAACGAUCCUCUUUUCGGCUGGAUGAGCGAUCGUAAAUUUCUCAGUUCUCCUCAGAGCGGCUCCGAGCUGACGUCUCCAGAGGUGGUCUUGAAGCGACUCCAUGCGCUCUCGUCCAGCGGGCCCCUCUUUGCCCUGUCCUUCCUAGCCUUCUGGGUAGCUUGGGCCACCCCGGGCCUUCAGUUCCUGGUGUGCCUGUGCCUGUACGACGGCUUCCUGACCAUGGUGGACCUCCACCACAGCGCCCUCAUGGCCGACCUGGCCGUGUCAGCCGCCGACCGCACGCGCCUGAAUUUCCAUUGCUCGGUGUUCAGCGCCCUGGGUUCCUUCUCAGUCUUUUUGUCCUACUCGUUCUGGAACAAGGAGGACUUCUACGCCUUUCGUCUGUUCUGCGUGACUCUAGCCACCUUCUCCAUUUUGGGCUUCUUUCUCGUCUCCCGGUUGCUACGGAAACGCUUUCAAAAAGAAAUUCGGCCCAGACUGGAUGAGGCGCACAUGCUCAAAGAGCUCAGUGUUGACCAUGCACCCUUCACUUCACUAGAGCGACCAGUCACCCUCAGACAGUACCUCAAGCAGCUCUCCAGACACAAAAACUUCAUGUGGUUCGUCUCGAUGAACCUCCUCCAGGUCUUUCACUGCCACUUCAACAACAACUUUUUCCCUCUCUUCCUGGAGCACCUGCUGUCAGACACCAUCUCCGCCUCCACAGGCUCCAUCCUUCUCGGCAUCUCCUAUGUGGCGCCACACCUGAACAACUUGUACUUCCUGACGCUGUGCCAACGUCACGGCGUCUACCAGGUCAUCCGCUGGCUCUUCCUGCUAAAGCUGGGACUGAGCGUGGCCAUGCUGCUGGCGGGGGCUGACCGCGUCUAUUUACUCUGUAUCUUUAUAGCCAGCAACCGGGUGUUUACGGAGGGAACCUGUAAGCUGCUGAAGCUGGUCAUUUCCGACCUGGUGGACGAGGACUUUGUGGUCAACCGGCGGCAGCAGGCGGCGUCGGCGCUGCUCUUCGGCAUGGUAGCCCUGCUUACCAAACCUGGGCAGACGUUGGCUCCGCUCAUCGGGACAUGGCUACUGUGUGCUUACACAGGCUAUGAUAUUUUCCAAAGGGAACCGGCUAAGGACUCCCCUGUCGACACCUCCUCAUUCUCGGGGUCUCCGCCGCUCCGUUUGGGUUGCUUCCACAUCCUGGUGUUUGUGCCAAUCACCUGCGCCUUGCUGCAACUGGCCGCCUGGUCGCGCUUCACGCUGCACGGGCGCAAGUUGCAGGGCAUCAAGAGCUCCAGGCAGGGCGCCCAUCAUGAGGACAUGGUGGGUGUCAAAGCCAUAUGA